AGCUCUCGCUGCGGGCCACAGCCAGACUUUUGCGGCCCGACUGUCGGUCUACUCUCCAUGGCCAUUCGCGCCACCAUGGAUCUCUCUGCCAUCUAUGAGAGCCUCCUGUCGCUGAACCCUGACCUCUCAUCCGACCACGGAGGGACUGAGCCCUCAGCACUUUGGAGCAUAAACUCGUCUGACUCCAUCCCAUCUGGGGUCACUUCUCGCCUGACUGGCCGCUCCACCAGCCUGGUGGAGGGCCGAAGCUGUGGUUGGGUACCCCCACCCCCUGGUUUCGCACCCUUGGCUCCCCGCCCGGGCCCUGAACUGUCACCCUCACCUACUUCGCCUACUGCAACUCCCACCACCUCCUCUCGAUACAAGACUGAGCUCUGUCGGACCUACUCAGAGAGCGGGCGUUGUCGAUACGGGGCUAAGUGCCAGUUUGCCCACGGCCUGGGUGAAUUGCGCCAGGCCAAUCGCCAUCCCAAGUACAAAACGGAACUCUGCCACAAGUUCUACCUCCAGGGCCGUUGUCCCUAUGGCUCUCGAUGCCACUUCAUCCACAACCCCAACGAGGACCUGGCUGCUCCGGGCCAGCCCCACGUGCUUCGCCAAAGCAUCAGCUUCUCAGGCUUGCCCUCAGGCCGCAGAACCUCACCACCACCACCUGGCUUUCCCGACCCUUCCCUGUCCUCAUGCUCCUUCUCGCCCUCCUGCUCCCCACCACCACCUGGGGACCUUCCGCUUUCCCCCUCUGCUUUCUCUGCUGCCCCUGGGACCCCUGUGUCUCGAAGAGACCCUAUUCCAGCCUGUUGCCCCUCCUGCAGAAGGUCUACCCCUAGCACCAUCUGGGGGCCCUUGGGUGGCCUGGCUCGGAGCCCGUCUGCACACUCCCUGGGAUCCGAUCCUGAUGAUUAUGCCAGCAGCGGUAGCAGCCUGGGUGGGUCAGACUCACCCGUCUUUGAGGCUGGGGUGUUUGGGCCUCCCCAGCCCCCUGCACCCCCAAAGCGUCUCCCCAUCUUCAAUCGCAUCUCCGUCUCUGAGUGACAAAUGCCUACCCAGUAUGGAUCAGCUAGAUCUCAAGGAGGGUGGCGCUUAUUGCUGUGGAGGCCUAGGGAGACUCCUGUUAGUAAGUGCCUCCUCCCUGACAUUCCAGAAAGCAUUAACCCUCCCCUGGUGCUGUGCUGGGGCAGGUCCCUAGUUUGCAAGCUCAGUGUUUGGAUUGCUUCCCAGGAUCCCUAAGAUGUAGCAUAUUUGAGGGACACAGUUGACAGUUGGUCUUCUUGGGUUGUUUCUGAGAGAGGCGCUGGUGUGUGGCCCUGGCUGUCCUUGAACUCUAGAAAAGCCUUCCUUAGCUUCCUUCCCAGUUGUGGAGUUAUCUAGGUGUGCACCAGCCCCUCCCCAACUCUGGUUUCCUGGAAUUGGAAAGUGCUGUGAAGAGCUGGCUCCCACAACCCCAUCCCAGUUUUUACUAGACCCCGAGGUUCCACGUUCAGUGUCUGGUGGUUGAAUCCUCCCCUGAGGGAGAAUCCUGGUGCUCAAAUUUCCCUCCGAAAGAAAAUAGCCAAAGCCAUUGCCAAAUCCCUUCCCCAACCAGUGGGCCCUUUAUUUAUGACGACUUUAUUUAUUGUAAUAAGAUUUUAUAGUAUUUAUAUAUAUUGGGUCGUCUACUUCGUUUCCCUUUUUGUAAUAUUAAAAUGGAUACUGUAUAAAGUAUACUAUAAUAUAUUAAGUAAUAUAUUGUUACCUUACAGGUCUAUUUUUGUGGAUUUUUGGAAUUUUUAAAUAAAAUCUUGUGUGAGCUGAGA